AUGAGUAUAUUCCUUGUCACAGCCCUGGUGGUCUGCCUUGUCAGCCAUGGAACCGACAUGACCACAGCUUCAGCAGCUUGGGAUGACCAAGAUUUCUUCAGAAACUGUCCGCCAUCCCGGUGCAGCAAAGAUGGACCCGAGAUCCGGUUCCCACUCCGGCUUGAUUCCAGCAAUACACCAUCAUCCUGCGGUGCAACAUGUGCGAAGCUAGCAUGCUCAGGCCAGUCCACUAUCAUGCUUCACCCACUUCUUGGCCCAUGCAAUGUCAACUCCAUAAAUUACACCGGUGCCCUCCUCAACAUCACCCCGCUUACCUCCGCGUGCACAAUGAUUCAGAAUCUCAUCUCAAUAAGUUCACCACCGGCUGCUGACCACCACUGUACUUCACACUACAGCAGAACUGGAAUGCUUGUAGGCUGCUCAAGGGAGUUCACGCCAAGCGGAAUUACUCAGUAUCCUGUCUAUGAUGACAGAGGUGCUUACUAUGCUUCUGCCUCAGCUGCUGAUACUAUCGCUGGCCCAAUCUCCUGCCUUAGCAACAAAACCCACUACUCGUAUUUGGUGGCAACUGAUGCAUUCAUGUAUGAUCUUCCAUUGGACUGCAAGGUCAUAUCAGAUGCCGCCCUCCCGAUAUUUGGCACAGGAUAUUAUGGCUCCAAGCACGAUGUUGAAGAAGGAGCCCUCCAAUUUUAUGACAUAGCAGUCGACUGGAGUGAAGAGAGUGAACAGGAGCCGUUAUCCAUUCCCUCUGAGUGCCAAAAAUGCGAACAGAACAGGCAGCGCUGCGCAUUCAGCUCACAAAGGAACGAAACAUUCUGCUUGUCUCAACCACAUAAAGGUUCGCGUGUAAAAAUCAUUGCAGCUACAUCAUCUUCGGCGGCAUUUGUUGUUCUUCUGUUGAUGGUGGUCCCUGCUCUUUAUCUUCCGCUGAAGACAAGAUACAAUGAAGAGAUACAUUUGAAAGUCGAAAUCUUUCUCAAGACAUAUGGUACAUCAAAACCCACAAGGUACACUUCCUCCGAAAUCAAGAAGAUAACCAGACGAUUCAAGGAUAAAUUAGGAUGUGGUGGAUUUGGGUGUGUGUACAAAGGUGAGCUACCAAAUGGAGUUCCUGUGGCGAUCAAGAUGUUAGAGAAAUCUAAUGGAGAGGGGCAGGAAUUCAUCAACGAAGUUGCAACUAUCGGGAGAAUGCACCAUACAAACAUUGUCCGCCUCCUUGGCUUUCGCUCUGAAGGGACAAGAAGGGCUCUUAUUUAUGAAUUCAUGCCUAAGGAUUCAUUGGAAAAAAAUAUAUUCUCGGGUAAUUCUAUUGUUUCCCGAGAACUCUCGGGUAAUCCAGAUAAAAUGCUAGAUAUUGCUUUAGGCAUUGCUAGAGGAAUAGAAUACUUGCAUCAAGGAUGCAAUCAGCGCAUCCUCCACUUGGACAUCAAGCCUAACAACUACAGCUUUAAUCCGAAGAUCUCGGACUUCGGCCUUGCAAAGUUGUGUGCACGGGACCAAAGCAUCAUUACCUUGACUGCAGCAAGAGGCACUAUGGGCUACAUUGCAGCAGAACUAUACUCUAGGAACUUUGGAGGGAUAUCGUACAAGUCAGAUGUUUACAGUUUUGGCAUGCUGGUGUUAGAAAUGGUGAGUGGGAGGAGGAACACAGACCCAAGUAUUGGGAUCCAGAACCAGGUAUAUCUCCCAGAGUGGAUCUAUGAGAAAGUAAUGACUGGAGAGGAAUUGGUGCUUACUUUGGAAGUGACAGCAGAAGAGCAAGAAAAGACAAGACAGCUGGCUAUUGUGGCACUUUGGUGUAUUCAGUGGAACCCAAGAAACCGGCAAUCGAUGACAAAGGUGGUAAACAUGUUAUUGGGAAGUUUGCAGGAUCUGCAGAUGCCCCUUUGUCCCAUCUGA